AUGUCUGGUCGAGGUAAAUCAAAUGCUAGUGUAUUAGCUGGUAGUGGAAAAGCACGAAGCAAAGGUAAAUCACGAUCGAUGCGCGCUGGUCUUCAAUUUCCAGUUUCACGUGUUCAUCGUCAUUUACGCAAAGGAAGCUACAGUGAACGAGUUGCUGGUGGCUCACCAGUCUACUUGGCUGCUGUACUCGAAUACUUGAGUGCUGAAAUUCUUGAAUUGGCUGGAAAUGCCGCUCGGGAUAACAAAAAGACUCGUAUUAUUCCACGACAUCUUCAAUUGGCUGUUCGUAAUGAUGAAGAACUCAACCGUCUUUUAAACAGCGUUACCAUUGCUCAAGGUGGUGUUUUACCAAACAUCAAUUCUUUAUUGUUACCAAAGAAGACAGCCGGUGCAGGUGAUUCCUUACCAGUCUCAUCUGCUGGUGUCAUCAAGAAAGCAAAAAAGGCCGUUGCAGCAACUAGCCAAUAA